AUGGCGACUCGCUAUGCCCUCGAGAGCGACGAUAUUCUCGUAGAGAUAUUUCGACAUUUUCGUACAAGCUAUCACUGGGAUCCGAGCCCGUGGCGUCAUCCUAGGCGAGGAGGUUCUGUGUACCACGACCUCGCUCGCGCAGCACGCGUGAACAAGAUGUUUUCGGCCCAUGCACUCAAUGCACUGUGGUGGGAGAUCCCCUCUGAGCGCGUAGCUCUCAACGUCCUGCCCGCCUUUAGGGCAACCCCUGCUCGUGUACAGUAUCCUACAGAUUUCGACGUGUCUGCAGAUAUGCAGAACAAUACUGAAUGGGUAUAUUCUAUCAAUAGCGAUCUUAUCCCUCACGAAUUGGAGCGGCUUCGAACUUACGCUUACCGCGUGCGCGAAGUAAGCAUAGAUGGGGAAGAGAGAGAGAACAUCCGCAUUCCCGUCAUCGAGUACAUCGCGGGACGACUUGGCGGGCCUCUCUUUCCACGUCUUAUGUGCCUCAAAUGGAAUGGAGCCACAAUAUACAAGAACACAGGAAACAUAGAUCGUGUCUUGUUAGCUAUGGCCGGCACAAACCUCCGCAUUUUGGCUCUACGCCCAUCCCGCUUUCUAAGUGAGGUUGAAGACGAUGAAUUUCACCGGCAGCUAUUGAACAUCGCGCCAGCACUUACCACCAGGUCGCCCUGUAUUCAACAUAUUGAGCUAUCCGAGAGUCCGGAUGUUUGCUUUGUGAGAGACUCAGAUUGGGGUUUUUCUACCAUAGGUGUGGGUUGGGAUUCUGCAUUUGCCACUCCCUUCAUCAGCGCGUUUCGCAAUCUUGAACGUCUCCGGAUUCAGACUUUCGCAUUGGACGAAACCCUUGUUGAUACGCUCGUGGCGCUACCCAAUCUGUUAGAUCUCUCAUUAAAGACGGUCUGGUCGAGCAAUAGUCCACAAUUUCAAGGAGUCCGUGGGCGCUUCUCCAAACUGCAUACGAUGCGUGUAACAGUUAAGUUCGGCGAGGCAGCCAGUCUCCUGCAACGCUGCGAGUGGCCUGCGCUCCAGGUGCUGCAUGUCCGCAUCUUCACGCUAAAAGACUGCAUACGUCUAGAUCAAAUGCUUGAAUUUGUUGAACUCAUCGCAACAAAAUUCCGCGCGUCACCGCUGCACGACCUAGUGCUCUCCGGAUUCUACUGCGGCUCUUUCAAAAGCGACACCAUGUCCGUGACACGUAUCCUCUCUCCGCUGUGCUGCUUGCACCUGCUCCGCUCCCUUAAACUGGGUAUGGGAUCGCGCACCUCUUACACUGGACUUUAUGGCAUUUUCCUCCACUGGCCAGCUUUAGAGGAGCUCACACUGGACAUGGAGGAACUGAUUGUCACAGUCAGCAUGGAGGAGUCCACAUUUCGAGGCUUCCUUCCACACGAAUCGCUACAAACCCUUCUCGAGGUUGCGUCCGCAUGUCCGCGGUUGCGCACAGUAACUCUGAACUGUUUGGCCCCACCUUCCGUACCUCUACACGAUCUAGACCUACAUGGUCUUUCAUCCCAUAAUCUGGAACGGGUGACGUUCACUCACACGGGACGCGAUUACCCGAGUGAGAGCAUCGGACCUCUGGCAACUAUGCUUGAGUCUGUGUUCCCGAAGCUGGAGCUGAAUGACUUGUCGAGCGCGGCCUUAAAGCAGCCAUCUCCGGAGAUGAGGGAGAAGAAGCACAUGUGGUUGGCACUACUUGAAGAGAUGAGGCGCAUCCGAAGGGAGAAGACCAACGCCUCUAACAGUUGA